UUGUGUUGUGAACGUAAGCUCUUGUUUUUGUCCCAAGUUGUGACUAUUUGUUGCUGGUUCAAGGGGAGAGCUGGUGAACCUCUUGAUUGUGCUGAUAGGUGCUCCUGGUCCACUGCUUGAUUGUACCGAUAUUGUAGAACUGAGCAACAAUCAGUUAAAGAGUCAGGAUGACUUCACCACAGCCUUUUGCAACGAAUAAUUCUGCUGACGACCAAUUUGACUUUCUUUUCAAAAUUGUUGUGAUUGGUGAUUGUGGGGUUGGAAAGACAUGUGUUGUUCAGAGAUUCAAGUCUGGCAUGUAUAUUGAGCGCCAUGGUAAUACGAUUGGCGUUGAUUUCUCCAUGAAGACACUAACUGUUGAUUCCAAAAAAGUGAAGCUUCAGAUUUGGGAUACUGCUGGGCAAGAACGUUUCCGCACCAUAACGCAGAGCUACUACCGAUCUGCUAAUGGUGUUAUUAUUGUUUAUGACAUCACUAAACGAUCAUCUUUCUUGGGUGUUCAGAGAUGGAUGGAUGAAGUACGUAGAUACACACACCCCCAAGCAGUAAUUGUUCUUAUUGGCAAUAAAUGUGAUAUGGAAACCUUGCGUGAAGUCGAGUUCGAUGAAGCCGAAGCACUGUGCGAGACUGUGCCAGAAAUAAUGACGGUGAUGGAGGUCUCAGCAAAGGACAACACCAAUGUGGACGACACGUUCUUCCAUCUGGCCUCAGAACUCAAGAACCGUCACGACUCUUUGCGUGACCUGAUUCGACCAGAUUUCAUCAAGCUUGGAAACACUGAAUCUCUGAGACGAUGGCCUCGUUGCACAUUGCCAUGCUCACAAUGACAGCAUCGGCAUAUUUACACGUGUAUGUUGUUCGGUCUUGAUCUGGAAUUUUAUGAUGGUUUGCAAUCGUUAAUUUGUUCUUAUAAUUAAACUUUAAGUAUUUUCAUUAUCUUUGGAGGAAUUUCAUGAAAAUCUUAUCUUCAUCGUUUGAAGAUAUUAGAAUCUCAGCAGCAGUAAAGUACAAGCCCAUAGUUAUUUUUGUUAUCCCUUGGACUGCUUAGCAUUUUAAAAGUACUGUACUGUACUGUACUAUGUUGUGGUGUGUCAUGGUAAUAAAAAAGGUCAGCAAAUUAAAUUGGAAACAAUUGCAUAUGCCAAAUUGUGCACAAGUUGCACAGUAAUCACAAGUAGCAAUUUGAACAGUUUAAGGUCAAUGUAGUUUCUUCCUAUGGUCAUUAUUUCUCUUAACUAGUUUAAUAACCACACUUUUUAGGAUUUUUAAAAGGUUUAUUUGUCUUUGUUUUAUGUUCUUAACUCUAAUUAAUCCAAUGUCCCGAUUUCUAGUUCUUCAUAUCUUAUGGUUAUAUAGAAUGUUGAGGAAUAGUACUCGGUAAUUUUACACAGCUGUGCCUUUUGAUUAGGCACUUUUUCUCUGUUCAUUUGUAAUCAUAUUAAUGCUUUCCAUACUUAAGGCUCACAAUAUUGGAAAACAUCAUAAUUAAGAUGCACUGAAUGACCUAAUUGGAUUGAGUGUGCCAGACCUUAAGUAGAAAAUCUGAUCAUUACAAUCUUUUAUAUUCCUUAAUUGAAUAUUUUGUGGUCUUGCUUCACUUGCCAGAUCUUGUCCAUAUGUACAUAACAAUAUUUUAUUGUGAUUCAAAGUUCAUGAAACUUUGUUGAAUGAAAUUGUUUGACAAUUUUUGUAGUGUUUUGAAUACUGACUAGGAAUUGCAGCUAAUUUUGUCACUUAUGGCAUUGUUAGAAAAUUCCUUUUGCCAAAUCAGUACGUCCAUAUUUGUUUUAAUACUGUCAUGUGAUUUGUGUUAGCAUUAUAGUAUGUGUAAUGAAGAUCUCUAAAUAGUACUUGUAACUACAGUAAAUGAUUGUCACUGGAGAUUUUUAGAAUUAAGUGGAUCAUGAAAUUUUAAAUGUAUUAAUUUUUUAAUUUUUACUGAAAUUAAAUCCAUAAAUACAAGCUAAAUCCAAAUACUGUACAUACAUACAUACUGCAUUUCCCAGAAGGGGUAGAAUGGCCUCAGUGCAGUUAAAAUGAUAAGUAUAAUAAUAUAAAAAAAAAGAUAGUUAUAGAUGUUUAAUUAGAAACAUCAAAUAUCAUCCAUCCAUUUGUUACAUCAUUUACAAUACAAAACAGUAAUGGCAUCACCAGUAAAUAAACACUACCACACCCAGGCAGCAACCUACUGCUCAUUUGGACCAGGUGUACAGUGCUUCUCGUGAAUCGAUGUAUACAAAUACAUUUACUUUGUUUCCCUACACGCUGCUUCUACUCAGCUGUACCUCUCACCAUAUCCUGUGUGAAUUUAACUUAUAUUAACAUGAGCACAACAGAUUUUGAAAGAGUGAUUUACAACGUGCCCAUGCACUCAGCCCAAGGUCCUGACUUCUGGAAUUCAAUACUGUAUUCAUAAGGAAAUGUAAAGUACCAGUAGCACGAGCACUCGUUGUAAUAUGGAGAGAGAACUUGGAUACAGGGAAGAUUCCAAAAACACUUAAUUAAGCAGAUAUAGCUCCACUACAUAAAGGAGGCAGUAAAGCUUUGGCAAAAACUAAAAAAAGUCAAACUAAUAUCAUACAUAAUAAAAGUUUAUCACUGAGUGAUUAGGAAGCAGAUCUCCAGUGUUGUGGUGAACAAUGAACUUCACAACCCAAGUGAACAUGGAUUUAGAACAGGAAGAUCCUGUCUUUUGCAAUUAUUCAACCACUAUGGCAAAAUUGUGGAGGCAUUAGAAGGAAAACAAAAUGCAGAUGUAUAUAUAGACCUUGCAAAGGCAUUCGAAAAGUGUAACAUGGAGGGUUAACCCAUAAAAUUAGAUCAGUAAGAAUAAUGGGUAAAGUAGGGCAUUGGAUUUAACAUUUUCUGUCAAACAGAAUGCAAAGAAUAACAGUCCGUAAGCCCAGUACAGUGAAAAGUUCUGUAUCCCUCGUGAUUAGUCCUUUAAUAAGGACUGUGCACGACCAGAUUACAUUAAGAAUAUGGUCGUGACACAAGAUUACUAAUUAAUUAAACUAGUUAAUUAUUGCAAUUAACAAUCUAUGUUAAUUAGAAAAAUCAGUGUUCCAAUCCAUAUUGGACCCGUUGGAGCUUACCAGGACCCAGGAUCAGAGUUGAGUGCUCUCUAUAAAGCAAGGGGAAACUUGAGGAUCGGAGAUCAGCCCAUAACCGAGAAAAACCUGCCAGAAAGCAUAAGCACAAUAAAACAAGGCAAAACAAGUAAAACAUAAACAACAAUAAAACAAAUUUGCUUGAAGUAAAUUAGAUACCUUCAUGUAAUAUGGCAAAUGAUCUCUACCACUGGGUAAACACCCUGUGUAUGCUUAUACUUUAUACACCUACACACAUACAUACACAUGUACACACCUGUGCACACACACAGUAUAUUCAUUUAUAUGUGCACAUAUAUAAAUAUGAACCCAUUCUCCUGAAUAGUACAUCGGAUUUUGAUGUUUAAUUUUCCUAGAACCAAAGACUGAAGUUCUGAAAAUGGUAGCAGCUUGCAAAAUUGAUGUAAUGUCCUGUUUUCUGUUUGUGGGCCCUCGGGUAGGUUAGGUUCGGGCAAUUUAAUACAACCGUUUGGUGACAUUGGGAAUGGUCGGGAGACCGCACUGAUAAAUAACACAUGCACACACUUUUUCACACACAUUCAUGUAUGUUAACAUUCCGUAAAUGAUAUUGUCAGUCACAAGUAAUAAAAAGAAAUAUUAUAUAUUUCUCUGUCCAACAAGAUAGUUAAUAUGAUUGGAACUUUUAUUGAUAAUUUUGUUAUACAUGUUAAUAAUUGAAAGUUUUUUUAUUAAUGUAACUUGUUGAAUCUUUGUUGAAAGUCUUCCAAGGUACUGUACAUGGAUCUCAGUGAUGAAACAUCCCAUUUGGCAAGUUUAUUAAGAUCUUCUUAAUGAUUUUAAAACCAGUAUGUUCAGUCUGGUAAUUAAAUUUUUUAGCUGGCUUGCUAUUUUUGAAUAUAAAAGUUUUGUAUUAGUUAAAUUCAGGUUCUCACUGGUUAAGAGAAUAUUAAUUUACCCUAAAAGUUUCAGUAGUUAUUCAAUAUAUCAUCUUCAAUUUUCUUUUCAUUUAUGUUCUUACUGGUUUUUAUAAAUACUGCAUGCCAAAGAAGAAAUAUAACAUAUAAGGCUGCUUUUGUAGUGCACUGCAAUUCCCAUUUGUUUGCAUUUAGAGUAUGCUGUACACAGCUGAAUCUCAUCUCUGUGAUGAAUAAAGCCUCCAUUAAUUUAAUGCUCUAAAUUUGUAAAUGUAUGCUAUUAUUUCCCUCAUGGACACUAUAUAAUUGAUGGCAUUUACUUAAUGAUUAGUCCUUUUUUAUAAUGGCUGAUUGCUGCACUGCAUAAAUUUUGAGGAACUACUUUAGUGAGUGUAUAUCAAGUGUAUUAAGUUAGGAACUUGUAAAUAUUGUUAUUAGACAUUUUAACUACAUGUGUCAUCAUGAACAUGUCAUCUAUGUUAACGCUCUUAGAACUGUUAAAGGUUAACUGUUGUCAGCCAGAAUUUAUAUUACGUACAAUACACUAGAAUUUAAUGUUUUAAAAAGGAAUUUUGAUAACCAGUGGGUUGAAUAUUUGUGUAUUACUGAAGAAAAAGGAUAUGUUGUGAUAAAGUUGUAUAUAAUAUAGAUAGAUAGGGCUUUUAGGAAACGUGACUAUUUAAUUGUCUUGUCCGAGUUCAGUGAUGUUGCUCGUAUAUUUUGUAAUUGUUUAAAUUGUAUUCCUACGUGUAAUGUUCUAAAGACAUUUUCAAUCAUUUUAUUAUCGUAUAUGUGUAAUGAACCAGGGAAAAUACAAUAAGAUAUUUUUGUAAAUAAGGUAUGAUAUUUUUGUCUAGAAAUAUUGCGUGGUUGCAUUUUUAUGGAUUCAAUUUAUAUAGCAGACUCGGCGUAGUUCUCUUUCCUUAGUUUUGAUGUUGUCUCACCAUGGCUGGAAAGCUUCAUUCCACAUACAGUAUUUGGAUUUGAUGGUAACUCUCAAAUUGCAUUGAGUGGAUUUUUUCCAGCAUUGCUAUUCAUAUCUCAUAAUAUUUACCUCACACAUCUAAUAAGAUUUAUACCACAUACGUGCAAGACUUGGAAUCUUGUACAUAUUCUUACCACUUCAAAUUCAAAAUAACUUGAUUCCUUAAUAUAUACAGUAUAAUGUAAUACCAUUUUUUUACAUAUAAGGCCUCUUAACACAGUCCUCACCAUUUCUGAGGCAAAAUAACUUAAUUCUGUCAUAUACAGUAUAAUAUAAUACUAUUUUUAUAUACUUUACCCAGUCCGUCCUUAUUUAUGUUUUAACUUUCUCUUUAUCAGUGCUAGCUGACUUACUUUUUCCAAAAAAUAGUUUCCCAGGCUUGAUGCCCUCAUUUGAUAAUUACUUAUUUUUUCCCCCAGAUUGUACACCUAAAAUCUACACAAUUCUCCAGCACUAACUAACUGAAAUAUGCAUUGUUUAUGUAUUUUUAAUUUCUGUCAUUGUUCAUUUUUUGUUAUUACUUUUGCUGACCUCCAGAAGGGCUUAACCCUUAAACCACACUCCAAUUGCGCUCCAGUAACUUGGUUAUGACUUCGUGUAAUCGCCGAGUUGUCUAUAACUCUUAAUACUGUAUCUCAACAUUUUUAGUCACAAAUACUAUGGCAUAUUCUGCAGUUACAUAAACCCAGAGUGAACAUAUAACAUAAUGUACUUGUACUUCUAUUUUUACACUUCAGAUUCGUGGUCUGAUAUUUUGUUGUUUUGAGAAACUGCUGUUACAAAAAUACUGUAUAUAGAAUUUAUGAAGGUAAAAUUAACUGUGAUAAUUAUUAUACAGUACUGUACCAGCAUCGAUUAUUUGAGAUUAUCCUUUCAGAUGAUGUUUUCUAUUUUAUAUGCAGAAAUUAACAGUUAUGCUACAGAUUGUAAUCAUAUGUUUGAAGAUGCAAUUCACAAAGAGAAUUUCAGUUGCAAGAAUAAUUGAAUAAACACAGUCUGCCCCUAUUAUGCAUGAAAGAUAUUUUUGCCAUACGAUAAUUCAUUCAAAUUUCAAAAUAAAUUUGUAUUGUAUUUACAUGAGAAAAAGAAUUAAAAACCUAAAAUUACCCUUUUAUUAGAACAUAAACAUUAAGGGAGCUACAGAAGGCCUAGUGGCUCAUCAAAGCUAUGCAGUACAGUAUGUCUAACCUACACUUGAAAUAAUCAACAGAACCAACAUCUAUUAUAUUACCCAGUAAUUUAUUCCAGAAAUCAGCUAUUUACUUUGGGUAAAUACACAGUCUCCAAAUGUGUAUUUACCCAAAUCUUUUCUAAAUCUAAACUUAUCAAAUUUUGUUAUUCCUCAUAAGUAAAAUUCCCAUCUUAAAAUUAUGGCUAAGUAUUCCUGCAGCUUCCAAGUGACAUACAUAUUGUGCUGUAAAGUAUAUGGCUGGGUUUUUCACUCACCAAUGAUGUAAAUACGAGCAUAAACAUUACCCUUUAUAUCUCCACCAUUACGUCCAAAACUCCUUUGACACAAAUAUGGAAGCAUGUCCCCAAGAUAGUGGGUAAGUUCGUUCCCGAUGUCUCGCCGGUCCUUCACCUCCAUGGUACUUUUGUGGCGGACCCGUUGCAGGUUGCGACUGAACUGGGUUCCCACUUCUGUUAGCUCUGGUUCUCAUCUUCCUCAAUCUUUCCUUCUCGUAAACCUGUUCUUGAAUCUCAUCCUUGAGAUUUCUGCACCCAUCUCAGACUUCCCUAUAAUGAUCCCUUCUCUCUGAACUUCAGUCUGCCCUGGCCCUCUGCGGUUCUACGGCGGCGGGCUCCGAUGGCAUUCAUUAUGAGAUGCUUCACCAUUUCCCUCUGUGCACGUCUC